AUGUUGUCUUCAACUCAACCGCAUGCGCUGGCAGUCAUCUCUGGCACGCACCCGCGAGCCCCUUCGUCUGAUAAGAUCAAUGCCAUUAACAAGCGAUACGGAGGUAUAUGCUGCGUAACAGGAAAACAGGGUAGCCUCUGGGACCCCGUAAUAGUCGCCCCGAUCUUACCUGUGCCAUCCGCGUGGCCCAAACGGGAACCACGUAUUAUACAGCUCCUCGAAGCAUCCUUUGGCCCCCAAUACUUCGAUUGGUGGCGUUUCUUUAUCCAUAGAGCUGAGACAUAUUCAUCUUAUCAAACUCACUGGCUCAUCCGCAAGAGUGUGCACAAGGCCUUACAGCGCGGUAUUGUCAGAUUAAUAAGAUUGCCUUCAUCCAUCGUUGAGUUUGGAGCUAAGCAUGUUCUUAUUGGCGAUGAGCAACUUAUCGAUGUUCAGAGGUUACCUUUUGGACUAUACCUCAAGUAUGAUUCCAACCUGGAUACCCUGAGGAACGAGUAUAAUGCUCUCAGAGUCUUGAAACAGAAGACAACCAUUCCUGCGCCACGAGCCUUUGAUGUAGUUUCUCAGAACACUGGCGAGGAAGAUUUCAGUUAUCUCCUCAUGAGUAGGGUUCCAGGCACAGCAUUGGGGACAUGUUGGGAUGCGCUCUCUGACCAAGACUACGCCAACCUCUCCGCUCAACUCAAGGACUGUGUCUCACAGAUGCGGGACAUUCCCAAGCCGGCAAACCAUGGUAUCUGCAAUACCUUGGGCGAAGCCUGCCGCGAUCCGCGCAUUCGAGAUUGGGCCCCUAUCAGACCCUUUCCAGAUGAAGCGUCGUUUAGCUAG